AUGCAACCAGUGUUGGUUUUAUGUGUUGUAGCGGCUACAGUGUGCGGUACAGUAAACGCGUUCUACGCGCUUCCGCCAUCCUUCCAACGGUAAGAUACGAUGUGCCAUUUUGGUAUGAUGUAAUGUAAUUUUUGACAAAAUUUUGGAGGCAUUUUAUUUAGUAAGCUGUUUUUGUUACUGUAGUAAAAUUUUGGAUUUUCAUGUUAUGGUAUACGGUAGUUACAGAGAUUACAUCAUUGAGAUACGAUAGGUCACUGUAGUAUGUUGUAAACUGAAUACUCAGUAAAUUUUUUGUUAAAAUGAUAUUUUCAAUGCUGUACAAGUCAUCUUGUAAAAUUUUAGCUUACUACUGUCAGUUAUACAGUAGCUGCUAUAGAAGAUACGAUAUGUCAUCAUAAAUUAUUGUAGUAAAGCAGACCUGAAUUGAGACUCACAGUAGGGUUUCUUAUGUCCACUGAUCACCACAAAAUCCAUUGUUUUGCCCAAAAUAUUACGGUCAUUACUCAGCUGUCAAUUGUAAUAACAAACAAAUAACAUGUUCGUAUAUGGGUUUUACUGCGCGGUAAUUCAUUAUGUUCAUGAAAAUUGAAUGACCUUACGGACAAUGGAUUGAAGUUAAAGACAGAUUGAUAGUACUGCAAAUUCGUGUACUAUGACAUCAUUCGGUCUUGCGGUAGAUUUUUUGAUACCGUAAUAAUUUUGGCUACUGUAACUUUUCUUAAAAAAAUUUUAGGUAAAUUAUCAUUUUUUGCAGUGUUUUUCAUUACAGUACUAUUUUGAAAAAAUAUGUUUUCUACAGUAAUUUUGUUUCACUACAGUAACCCAUAACAGUUACAGUAUUCCCAAUAAACCUCUCCCCUUCUCCCACUCUAACCUGCCCACCACACCUAAAUAACCCACGCCCAUUUCAGUUACAUGUCCGACCGGUCGAUCCUCCGCCCAUCCGCCCCAUUACCUCAACUGGUACCCUUCCUCCCGUCGGUACCGGUGGCCCUGGACGAGGAGCCAGUAAUGGUGGGUCCCGUCGCGAAAACCUUCAUCGAAACCCAGGUUCCGCGCCGAUCGCUGCGCCAGUUCGCGGGGGAAACGCAUCAGAUGAAGCGGAUGCGGCCCUGCUUCUACUCGCCCAUCCAGUGUUUGAUGAAGAAGCGGUCCGAGAACUAA